CAAAAACAACUGGGAACGUUCGUAAAAUGGACAUCAGUGCAUUCUCUGGAGAGGAUUUUGAUGUGAGCUCUUGGCUCAAUCAAUCGUACGAACGAUCGCAAAAUGCCUCGUCGAAGGAGGCGUUCGUGUCGUCGCUCGUUUCCAAGAUGCAACUCUACGUGCAGCAGAUUAAUUUAGCUCUGGAACAGACCGGCGGACAAGUGCUGAAAAACAUUCCUAAGGUCAUCAACGAUGCCAACAUGUUGCAGGUUGAGUCGGGUUUGCUGAAACAGCGCAUGAGCCAGGUGCAGCGGGAAAUAUCCAACCUGCACACGGAAACCGGCGAUUGCAUGGCUACUCUCGAGCGGCUCGAUUCCAUCAAGGGCCGCCUUCAGGCUUCGAAGCAGUGCCUGCAGGAGGCCGAUGGUUGGGGUAAGCUGUCUGGUGAGCUGGAUGAUCUGCUUGAGAAAUCCGACAUUGAAGCGGCCAGUCGGAAGCUGCUGUCGCUGCAGAAAUCUUUGGCCGCACAAAUCGGCCUGCACGGACACUCGGAGCGCGAAAGCCAGGUGGAGUAUUUCAAAAACCGCCUCGAAGCCCUCAUCAGUCCGUCGGUAGUGGCUGCGCUUCGUUCGUUGGAUGCUGUGGCAUGUCGCCAGUACGUCGGUAUAUUCGAGGGAAUUGAUCGGUUGCCUCAAUUGAAGCAGUACUACCGCACGGUACUGAAGGCAUUCGUGCAUGAGCAGUGGCGGAACGCCAUCGAAAGCAGCGAGAGUGGCGGUUCGGAUGUACUGAAGGAGUUCUAUGACCUUCUGUUGGAACUGCUGAAAACUCACCUUCGCUGGUGUAGCCAAACCUUUGGAGAAGCCAAUGAAUGCGUGCUGGCUACCGCAGAAGCGCUGGAAAACCUCGAACCAACACGCGAAAGUAUUGUGCGCAGUGCUCUCAAGCGUUCCGGUGACAAAUUUUGGACACUGAAACAAUUCUCGCAGGUGAACGUGGCGGCUGGUAGCAAGAUGGAAUCGUGGCUACUUGGUGGGAAGCAGCAGCAGCAAGAUGUAAUAAUUUGCAAAGAUGAAAUCGUUCUCGGACGCCUGUCUGGCUCACUCUUCGUUUACUUUGGCAUCUUCCUGAAAGAGUAUCCAACUAUUGAAAAUGCACAUCUGGAAGCGGCACUCACUGGUUUGAACAUUCUCGGCACAACGUCCUCGGACAGUGUGCACAAUCUGGAAAGUGCGAAUGCGAAGGUACUACGCUGGACAACGGAGGCAACCAUUCGUUGUGAGGAGAUCACGCAAAACUGUGCGCUCCUCUCCCUGGGCAGCGUUUUGCAGAACUGUUUGCUCACCUACUUGGAUCAGUACCAUCGUUGCCAGCAGCAGCUGGCCGCCAGUCAACCGGAUCAAACCGAUUGGAACCUGCUGCAGCUGAGCGUUGUAUUGCUGCAGUGUCUUGGAAGUUUUCGUCAGGCAGUUCAGGAGCAGGAGCAAACGUUCGUCCGUAGUGUACUGUCGAAACAGCAGCAGUUGCGCUCCGAUCCGGUGGACGUUCGAUUCGGUUAUCGGUUGCAAACGAAGGGUGAAGCACAAGAGUUCGAGAAGCUUGCCACUACAUUCCAGCAGACGUUGGACAGUCAACCUGGUGCGACCGUCGAGCAUUUCGUUGAGUUUCACGAGCGUAUGAAGCGCACCUGCGAGGACAUUCACGACACACUGUUGCGCAUUGCUUUCUCGCCGAUCACGAAGCACUUUCGGCAGAUUCAAUCGAACGGUUCGAUCGGUGCGGCAUCCAUUGCGGCCGAUAAUCUACCCGAUUACAGCUACGCUCCGCAAGAGUACAUUACUUUGAUCUGUCAGUAUUUGCUAACAUUGCCGCAGCACCUAGAACCAUUGCUGCUAGCACCGGCCACGGUGCUAAAGGCGGUGCUCGAGGUAGCCGACACGCGCUACGCCUCGACCCGGCCUUGUGCCGACGUAUUUUUGGCGUUGAUCGUGGAAGAAUCAGAAGCACUGUACGUGGAACAGAUUGAGAAUAUUUGUUCACUGACAUUGACCGAAGCGAAACAACUAGCCACCGACAUCGAAUAUUUCGGAAGCGUUCUGGAGGAGAUGGGACAAUCGCUAGGCAGCAAUCUUCAACAAACGGUUAAAUUGCUGCGAGCACCAUUGGAAUCGUACUCCACGGCUGCCUCGGGUUGUGAUCCUAUGCUCGUGGCCGCUAUUCGACAAAAACGAAACCUAGUUUCUUGUUAAAAAUUAUUUCGUACAUAAAUACACAUCAUUUGACAAA